CCCUCGAGAACAUCAUAGUAGAUUUGGUAUCGCGUUGCAUCAUAAAAUUACGAUAUUUUUUCUGGUAUAAGCUCAUCAGCUCGAGGUGUUGAAGAGAGUCGCAUCUUUGAAUAUCUCAAAUUCAGGGCAGAAUUAUCGGUCGCAAUAGAUGGACAAGGUCAAACGAAUUAUCGAUAGCGCGCAAAGGACGGUAACUUUUGCGACGACUUGAAUAGUUUAGCUGAAGUAUAUUUUGUACGGAAAUCAAAUUUACCAAUGGCUCCUGCCGCAUCGGUCGCUCAGGCGACAAGCAAAGCCAAACGGCCUAUGUCUAUUCAAACAAAUGGCAUCAAUUCAUCAACCUCCUCACCAUCCCCAUCAAUGUCCGCCGGUAAACUAGGUGCAGGUCCCAAAAAUUUCCAAAACUCCAAUACAGCCAAUGGUGGUGGAAACAUUUCGGGGGCUCGUUCUGCGAAAGGAAAUCGUUCGGGGCAUACGGUUGGUCGAGGAAUGAAAAAUAAUGGUGCUGGUGUGAGAUCUGGCAGUGUUGCUGGAGAAUUUGUCAUACCACAAGUUGCGCAAUCACAACCAUAUGGUAUUAUCUUGUCUUUCACCGUCGUUAUACAUAUGCUAAAACAUUACAGUCAAAACCGAGCGCUACAUACUCAAUAAAUACCGCAAAAGCCCUCCUUCCAUCAUUAUCCAUUUAUACGCGACACAUUUUCGAUUUGAUCAACAACCAGGCAGUUUCUCCUAUGUGUCUCCGAUGCGAAUUCUCCUUGAGCAUAUCAGACAGAAAACUAUACCUCAUGAAUUGGUAGAUUAUUUCAUACUAAACGAAGUACCAUUUUACGAAGGUUGCAUGAUUGUCCAGAUCCUUGAUCACAAAUCCAUUGCUCCCCAACCAACCUCAUCUCAGCCCAAGGACGGAACCAAGGAAGGCGUUUCUAUUCACACUCUCAGUAGUUACAUUACCCCAUCUCCAUAUGCGUCGUACCCUAGGCGUGAUCCAGAUAAAAGUAGGAGCUCGAGAGAACAAACGGGCGAUGGUCUGACGAAGUCGAAGACUUCUGCUCAGCAGGACAAGGAGAACAUGCCUGCGCCAGGUGCCUCGAACGAUACCCAGGGAAGCAAAACAGUUCCACCACCAGCAAAAUGCAAAGUGACAAUGUGUGUACUCUUCCCGACACCGAUUAGUACCUAUAUCGAAAUAGCUCGUAAUUCUACCGCGCCUCGCACACCAGAUAUGGAUGGGCGUCAAGAACGCUCUGAUGGAAGCACAUCAGCUACAUUAGCACAGCCACCUACACCGCUUGGAGCUGUUCCACCAACUCCCGGUAUAAACAUGCCACCGCCUGCAAAGAGAAUAAAACAAGCCAAGCUCGAGUUCAACUGCGGUAAUGUAUAUGCAGCAGAAGCUCAGAUUAUCCUAGCCACUACAGCUCCUUUGAUGCUUGAACCUGCAAAUAGUGCAACAGAAUGUUCACGACUACUAGAAUCAUUAGCUCACCCUAUGCACUUAGAGAAGCCUCCUCAACCCAAGUCUCGUAAAAGAACAGUCGCGGAAAUGGCUGCUGAUGAAGCUCUUGCCGCAGAUGAGCAACGUUAUAUGCUCGUUUUAGAUGAACAGCGCUCUGCGACCGUGGCUCGUGGAGCAGGAGGGGCUAAUGUUGCUGACGGUGCUGGCCAAGCCGGUGGUGGUUUUGAGGCACGGUUUGAGAAGUUUAAUGCUCUUGCAAAUAUCAGAAAAGAGCUCGCCGAAAAGCAAGCACAGAAAAAAUUACAAGAGCAGGAAGCCGAGCGAAAGUCCAAGGCUGAGCUAGAGGUUCAAAGAAAGCAGGAGCUGGCAGACGCUCGACAAAAGGAGGCAGAAAGACGUCAACUUAUGGCAGCGAGACAACAGCAACAGCAAGAAGCCCAGAGACGCGCGUUAGCUGCACAACAACAACAGCAACAACAGCAGCAGCAGCAGCAGCAGCAGCAGCAUUCACAAGCCUUGCAGGGUAUACCUCCUCAAGCGCAAGGUCCCCAUGCGCAUCCCUCUCAAGCAAACGGGAUUGUCUCGAAUGGUAUGCAGGCACAACGCUUCCAUCCUCAUCAAGGUGCCCAAGCCCAGAUGUCUUCACCAAUCGUCCGAAAUGGAACUCCGCACAGCCAGGCAUCGCCAACAGUCAAUAAUGGUAUUGGCAACAACGCAAUGCAACACUCUACGUCGAGCAUGGGUGGCAGUCCUCCUCGUCCAGGUUCUGUGGUUCAUCAGAAUCAUCCUCAAAUGGGCGCACCCGCAGCUCAUGGCAUGGUACCUCAAAGAAGCCAGCAAAGCCAUGCGGGAACACCUCGAAUGCAUAAUGCCACCCCUAACAUGCAAUCUACUCCACUAAAUCGUGGACUGACGCCAAGGAUGAGCCAGGGAAGCCCGCUUCAAGGUGUUAUGGCGCAAGCACCUGCAAUGAGUCAGAUGGGAAUGAACCCGACUCAAAUGCAUGUUCAAGCUUUGGGUAAUCUCACACCCGUACAACAACAACAAUAUUAUAUGCAAUUACGAGCUCAACAACAAGCACAGCAGCAACAGCAAGCUCAAAGCAUGGGACUAAUGCCUAACGGACAACAAAUGACUCCUCAGCAAAUAAUGCAGCAUCAACAGAUGCGGCACAUGCAGAUGCAAGCCAAUGCUAAUAAUCCUAGCCACCAAUUAUCUCAAAGUUACCAAAACCAACUAGCUGCCAUGCGACAAGCUAGCAUGCCUCCUAACAUGAACCCAAAUCAACAAUUCAUGGGAAAUAAUAUGAACAUGCAGAACAUGCAGAAUUUGGCAAUGCAGCAGCAAAUGCAACAACAACAGCAACAACAAUUGCAAAUGCAACAACAGCAACAACCACUGGCACAGCAGCAAAACGCUUUGAUACAACAAUACGUGAACAACAAUCAACCCCAGACCCAUCAACAUAUGGCUCAGUUAUACAAGCAGCUCCACGCUAGAGAGAUGUCGUCAGGUGCACACCCUCAAGGGCUGCCGGAACAAUUGAAGAAAAGAUUACAAGCGCAAGCUCAGGCUAUGGUAUUCCAAAACAUUAAAUCAAAGCUGCAGGCAGGUGUGCAACAAGGUUUCCCGCCGGGUAUGCAGAUGCAAAAUGGAAUGGGUAUGGCAAGACAACCAGGCAUGUAGAAGUUGUAUUACACGUGUGUAUAAUUAUGAGCGCAUUGGUUUGCUUAAACAAGGAGUUUAACCUGGGCGGAAAUGGGUCAUGUCUUGAUUUGGCAAGGCGCAUAUUUGGUAUGUUUAGGCAGGGGCACAUAAUUGUAUAUAUUACUUUGGCUCGGGGAUCAGAAAGGAUAAGGCGUCACCGGGAGGUUUGGCUAUGAUUGCCGAAGGAUUGGCGCAGCUGUAUACCAGGAACUUCGAGGGGAAAUAUUCUAUUUCUGGUUAUACGGACUAUUGUCCAGGUAC